UUCCUUCAAAAUCUAUACACUUGGAUGGUUAAAUCAGGAAAUUAAAUUACCUUGUUGAAAUGUACUACAGCAGGGAUUUCACUGUAUGCUGAACCUUGACAUUUGAGGUCAAUACAUGUCCUUAACUAUAUACAGUGUCAUGAACUAAAUUCCCAUAUUUAAUUGCAUUAGGCCAACAGAUACAGCUGACUACAUCUACAACUUAGCGGAGUUGCCGGCUUUUGUGGCCGUUACGUUAGUACUCCUACUCUGCAGAUGUCGCUACAGCUUUUUGGAAAUUAGGCGCAUGGAUGUACGGGGGAGGGGGGGUACGCGGAGAGCGGUGGAGCGCCGCUGACUGACUCGCAGUCUUCGUGAGCGAUCGCGGCGCCCAGUCUCCGGCAGCCAGCUACGGACCAGACGCACAGGACAGCCGCAGGGAGGGAUCGCCCGUCAGCCCGGAACAGACGCGCUCAGCGGGAAGGCGCACGACUGGAGCUCCUUGUAAUUGUCAGCACCGGUUCAAGCUACUGCAUCCGGGACGAGGGCCGGCAUGCCGAUCCGAGCUGCGGUGAAGCAGGAACAUCACUAAGGAAGCUGACUCCCGCACUGACGAUUUCGGCCACUGGGACCUUCGUUCAGCAAUGGCCGGGUGUUUCUGGCUGGGGGGAUAACUCUAGCCCCUCUUCCUGGUCCCCCACCCCUCCCCUUUCUCCUCACCCGCACACGUGCACCCCCCAACCACGUGUCUCGAGGCUGAAAAUCAGGAGAUCAGUGACAUUUGGAUCAGAAACCCUCCAUCGUACUGUCCAUCUGUACGCCCCCUGCUCCCUCCCUCCCUCCCCUGCCCCCCCUUCCCUGAGAGCCUGUCCCAGUGUUGACAAACAGCGAGCUCACCCCUUCUGGCUGGGACCCCCAAGGACAGCGCCAUGGGGUCCUGAGGGGCUGAGAUGGACGGCAGGCGACGGCCGCGAUUCUCCCAGCAGCCCACACCCACUCGGACUGGUUAACGUUGGCAUCACUGGCUUUGCUGGGGCAGCAGUAUGCAGGAAGCUGACUUUCCAGCCACAAAUGCUUUCACAGAGUGCAAAUUCCAGUGCAGCAAUGGCAACUGCUUACGCCUUGGCUCCUUAAUCUGCAACCAGCUGAAUAAUUGUGGGGACAACAGCGACGAGGAGAACUGCCCGGUGGUCACCCAGCACCCCCCGCCCGGCAUCUUCAGCUCUGAACUGGAGUUUGUUCAGAUAAUUAUUAUAAUUGUGGUGAUGACCGUGAUGGUAGUCGUGAUCAUUUGUCUGCUGAACCACUACAAGCUCUCCACCUGGUCCUUCAUCAACCGGCAGAGUCAAGCCAGGAGGCAAGAGGACAGUCUGCAACCGGAUGGGUGUCUGUGGCCACCAGACAGCGGGUCGCGACAAGGGGCUGCAGAGGUGACAUACGCCCCCCAGACUCGGGAGAGGUUCACCACGCCCUCGUUUAUGCAACGGGACAGAUUCAGCCGCUUCCAGCCCACCUACCCUUACCUGCAGCACGAGAUCGACCUGCCGCCUACCAUCUCGCUGUCGGACGGCGAGGAGCCCCCUCCCUACCAGGGCCCCUGCACGCUGCAGCUGCGCGACCCCGAGCAGCAGAUGGAGCUCAACAGGGAGUCGGUGCGAGCUCCGCCCAACCGGACCAUCUUUGACAGUGACCUGAUCGACGUGCACAGCGCUGGAAGCGGGCCACGCCCACCCAGCAGCAACUCGGGCAUCAGUGCCGCCCACUCCGGCAGCCACGGCAGAAUGGAGGGGCCCCCACCCGCCUACAGCGAGGUCAUGGGCCACUACCCUGGCUACGCCUUCUUUCUUCACCAGCACGGCAAUAACCCCCCCACACAGGGGGCGGGACGCAGGACAACCCGGCAGGGCGACCCCGAAAGCACAACGGCUCCCGCCAAGGCCAAGGACGGCCAGCGGGAAGACCUGGUGUGAGGUGGGCUGGGUGUGCGGGGCUACGCAAGUCUGGCCCCGCCCUUCACAAAAAAAGGGGAUGUGGUCACUUUCUCAACACUCCCAUGCACAACUGAAUACCGACCUUCUCUACAAAGACAACAGACAAGAAGUAAAGGAACCAAGACUACAAUUUUUUUUCUGUUUUGCUUUUUUUUCCUAAAUUUUUUUUUUAAACGUUGCUAAAACUGUGGGGGGGCGCACACCGUGUGGAGUGUUCAGAUUCAUAGCUGUUUUUUUUUGUUUUUGUUUUUGUUUUUUUUUAUUCUUCACGUGAGUAUAAAGAUUAUUAGCACAGAUUCUAAACAGCCCCCCCCCCAGGACUUGUUUUAGUUUUUCUUUUGUUUUUUUUCUUCUUCUUAAGACCGGGAUCUGUGCACAAACAAGAUGAACCAGUGGAAAUCCAAAUCUGAGUGCCAAGAUUCAAGUGGAAGUUUAAAAAAAAAAAAUCAAUGGGGAGAGGACUUGCUUAAUGCUCAAAAGAAAUGUUUAUCUAAAAGUUGCACUAUCUUAUCGUUUAAAGAAAAGAGGGAAUUGCUGUAUGUAUUUUACUCUGUGCGUGUGUGUGUGUGUGUGUGUGUGUAUGUGCGUAUGUGUGUAUUUGUCCUUUCAUUUGUGGAUUGGAAUUUUGGCUCCAAAGAUUUGCAGUGGGAGCAAUAGGGGUUUAUCCUUUUCCUUUUGUAGAAAACACGCAAGAGACUCGGAUCCAGCCUAAAAUCCUCAUGACUCAAAUUGUUAGUACAGGGACAUUUAGAUUUUUUUUUUUUUUUUUUUUUUACUUUCACAUUCUCAGAGACACAGUAUGAAAUCUCUGCCCUCAUUCUGCUGGAUGAAAGGCCUAAAGAAUAAUUGUGCUGGAUGGGGGUUUAGCAGAGGUGUUGCUUGUUGUCUAGGUCACCGUUUCCCAACCUGGUACUCAGGGAUCCUCAGACAGUUCACGUUUUUGCUCCCUCCCAUACAGUUCACGUUUUUGCUCCCUCCCAGCUCCCAUGCAAAAACGUGAACUGUCUGAGGAUCCCUGAGGACCGGGUUGGGACAUACCGGUGUAGGACAUCCAUGUCCUACCGUAGAUGACUGAGGGCCAUCCGAUAUGAACAUACCAGUUGCCAUUGAACAUUAAAAAAAAAAAAAAAAUGUCCAUGAUAUUCAAACCCUCCCUCUAUUCCUGUCCGCCCUUCAUCCACCAGUAUUCUUGAGGCAGCCUCUCCUCGGGUCAUUUUCACGUUUCCGAGACCUGCACCCCACAGCCCCUCGCUCUCCCCACACAUGCUCGGCUCAUCCCGUACGCCCAACAUGUGCUUGUCACACGGACGGCUCGGGGAACUCCGGGGAACCGCUCUUUCGCCCUCGGCUCAUGCCGCGUGUCCCGAGGAGUCCCCGGUUGGUAUAAUCAGGUUUUGGACUGUGGUCAAAGACAAGGGCUAUGUGACGGUGGUGUCUGUGACCUUCUGACCUAGCCUUUCUUCACGCGUCGUUGCCUUCUCUGCUAUCGCUAUAUUACUGACAGUAUUAAAGCUAACCCCAGCUUUUUAUGAUGUGUACCACCUACGUAACCCAGCACAGACGUUUGAUUAAAUGUUUUGUUGAAUACAGCAGUGCUUCUCGAUCCCUUUAAAAGGACCCCAGGGGGCCUCACAUCGGGGCCCCGCAUGCCUUCGUAUGGUAGCCUUUGUGGGCCCCGGUACCUUGAGUGUUGGUGACUGUUCGGCUUGCUUUGGUCAUAGCGUGGUGUCCCCGAAGGGGGGAAGGAGGGGGCCCUUGCUUGACGUGGCCCACAGCCCUUCUAAUUGAACUGUACGUUUUACUUCCUUUCGAGCUGCUGUUGUGCGUAUUUGAUUCAUCGCUUUUGAUACAUCGUGAUAAUCUGGCUUCAGAGGGGUCACGGAGGUCAUUUGAGGGAGCUUUCCAGUGGAACGCUGGUGCGGUUCAGUCAUACGGAUGACAGGAAACGGCUGCCGUGGGCAGUUCGGCCGCACCGAUUGGCCGUUAACACGCUGACUAUCCAGUGUAUCGGCGUUUGGCUGUAAUGCGACAGGAUUCCCCUGGAUCUGAUGUUUUUUUUUUUUCCCUGAAGGGAUCCCCCUUCCUCUUCCUGUGUGCUUGAAUGGGAAAAGAUAGGAAAAUCAAUAGCAAGCUUCCCUGGCCUAGACUUUAUUUAUACAACUUUAGAGACUAUUUGGGAAGCAAUGAAGAUGAACUGUGUUCUUGGGUUAUGUUUUAAUUUCCUUUUAUUUCACUUUUUGUAACAACUUGGAUUCUAGAAUGAAAGCCUUUCGUUGCUAUUGUGACGCACUUACUCCCUGCGUUUUGAUUGGCUCCGGAGAGCAGUCCGUUCUCUUAUUUCUAUAUCGCUGCUGCUACUGCUGCUACCGCCGCUGCUGCUGCUGCCACCGCCGUCCGUCCGUCAUUUUCCGUGUCACUUUUCCCUAUAUGGAUUGUUGCAUGAUAGACUCGUUUUUUUAAAUGUCUGAAGCCGUUUUCGUUCCUCUUCCGUUUGUUACAUUUUAACGUCUGUUUGUUUCUCUACGUUUGCUUGUUUCUGUCUGCUCUCGUAGCUAAACGAGGAGGAAAAGAAAUGCUCAUUUACUGUUUUCUAUGAGGAGGUUUGGAUGUUACUAUUAUGUGAGUAAAAAGGUGCCUAAUGUUCUCGUUUGAGCAGAUAUAGGAACCCAGUUGCACUCAAGCCCCGACCUUCGUUGUGCCUCACUUCCAACGGUGCUUUUUUCAGUAGUCUGUCUCUUUUAUGUUUAUUUGUAAGGUGCUGUAUAUAACUUGAAUAUAUUAUGCACAUAUCCUACCCAAUGGGUAGAAACAACAUAAAACGGACAUUGUGAAUAAUGUAAUAUAAUGUACAGAUGAUAUAAAAUUUUAACAUGGUGGCAUCCAGUUUCCGAAUGCCUUCAAAAUGUGCUUUUGUCUUUUUGUAAACAAGAAAGGGUUUGCAAAGUAAUGCUUAAAUGAUUAAAAAUAAAUACAAAUUGCUACUUAUAUUAUUUUCCUAUAAAUAAUAAUCUGUUACGGUAAGGAUGAAACUAAUGUUCUGAAUUUAGGAUGUUAUUGAACAGAUUUUUUUUUUUUUCUUUCCUUAAGAAAAGAAUUGGUACCACAGUGCUCACUGUUCGCUUUAGUGACCCGUCAUUUGGUCUGGUAUUAAACACAUUUAACCAGAGCGAAGUCAGUUUUUAUUUUACCUGAACAUGUGAAGUUAGGGGGUGUCCUGCUUUGUGAACCGCGUGUGGAGGUGACAGACUGGGUGACUUUUUAAAGCCAGCUUGUUACAUUAGACUCCCGUACCGAUGCGUCGGUACAUGGGGAUGGAAGUCUUUCGAGUUUGCUUGCCGAUAAAAACAAGGCUGCUCUUGGGCUUCUGAUAUUUAACGCCUUUCGGGCACCGGGGCGUCUGCUCAGGAAAGGUUUCACCACAACAGGCUCCCAUCGCCAGCCAUUUCGCAUGGAAUCGUCUCGCCUACUGCACAGAUGGCCACCACCGCCAGACCGUGUGAAUUUUGAUUCGGUCUAGCGCUCAGCUCCCAUCCCACAGCCCCCAGUAGGCGUUUCCCAAGCAGCUGAACUGGGACUUUCAAAAUUAUUAUUAUUAAAUAACAAGGUGUUCACUCCACUGACAAAUGGUCAGUGUGAACGUACAAAUUUGUAGCAUAAAGUUUAUUUGCAAGAUCUGAAAGGCCAAGAAAAUACUCAUCCCUACACAUUACAGGACACGUGGCACUAUUUUGAAAUGAAUUCCCAUCUGCCCUAAACUCGCGCCGCGCAUUUAUUCCCCGAAAAAGUGAAAGCGAGACACUUUCUGUUUGGCGACUUUGGUGCAGGAUGCCUGAUUGGUGACAGAUUCCUCUGAUUCCUACGCUGAAUGUUACUGGUGUUUUCCCAAUUUCCACUCGAUGAUCUCUGAGCAAAUUGUUUUAUCCCCCCCCCCCACACACACUUUCCUUUUAAAAAAGCACACGACUGAUCAGGAUGAAGCACUAAACUGUACACUGUGGUAAGAAAGGCAUGUAACAAACCAGGAUGUAACUGGACAGAGAAUGCAGCUCAGUCUGUUUUUCUAUUUUAUACAUAUUCAGUGUAUGUGGUGUGUAGGAAAAGCAUUUUAAUUGUAGUCUCAUUCAUUUAUAUACUAAGACUCCACUGUACAGUAUCGUUGCGCAUGUUCAUUCUUAUCUCUAGGUAAUGUACAUAGCAAUGCCAUUUAUUUUUUACUUUUGUUUUGUCUUUUUGUUGUUUUUCCAGUGCACCAAAUGGGCAGUAAGUCGCCAUCUUGAGACGUUUAUUGUAAUUCUUGUUCCAAGGGCCCUUUGACCCCCCUCGCCCCCCCACCCCCCGCACUAGCUUACAGAACUAACUUUGGCUCAAACAGAAUUGGUCACCACGUUCCAACAUUUAUCACCAGGCAUCAGAAAAACAAAUAAAUAAAACACAGACCAUAGCCGUGUUCUGUUCUUACGAUGUCACAGCAGUCACAUACUUCAGUCUUGACAGUUUUUACAUGACUACUUCCAUCAUGGACUUUGUAACAUUUGAUUGCUUUAUUUACAAAACUUGUCUAUAUAUAUCUAUAUAUAAAUAGAUAUCGAUAUAUAUAGAUGUUUAUAAACUGUCGUGUACUUCGCCUUUUUUAAUUUAAGCAAUUGUGAUGUAAUAGGUUUUAGGCCUAAGGUCUGUUAUUGCAAUACUUUUACAGAAAAAAAAAUCAAAAAAUGUUGCUCUAAGUGCUGUUGUAGUCAAAGAUUUUAUGCUUGUACUUAAUGCUGUGGUCAAACUGCAGCAAAAUUAUUAAAACUUAAAAAAGAAACCAA